AUGACGCACUACUUUAAUGAGUUGUUUCAUCUGAAGACCUUUCAAAUACCCUUUGGUAUGCUAAUGUGCGCAGUCGUGCUUUCAACGUUCAGUAUACUAAUAUUCAAUAAUGGUGGCUUUGCAAUGCUUCUUUUUUUUAUUGCGCUAUUCUCAUCUCUUGGAACAGGCAUAACAUCCUUACUGACCUUCACUUCAGAUCUCACUAUAUCAUCAAAUGUGAGACUUUUCCAGUACAUUAUUGAAUACAGACCCAACAUUGACCCACAUGCCUGGAAUAUUAUUACUUCUAGCAUAAAUCUGUAUCUAUUUGAACAAGGAGAGUGGUCAACACCUUACCGUUUUUACGAUGGUCAAUCAACAUAUGCUUAUUUCAAAGGGAUGAUACUUAAACAAACAUCUUCCAAGCACCACAAUUCUCAGAUUGAAGGAAGGGAAGGUGAUAUUGAGAUGAAUUUGAUCAAUGGGAACAAUACUUCUGCUAUCAACAGUGUGAUUAGGAAGUACUAUGAAUUCCCUCCCUUAACUGAUGAUUUCGAAUUUAAAAAACUCCAAGAAAAAGCUACAGAGGCAUACAUCAAAUCGCUUGAUGAAUAUUGGAGAGCCCAAUUUCCUGAAGCCAACCAGUACUUCCCUUAG